CACGGUUAUCGCGAUAUAUUGUUGCGUGGCUCAGGGCCCUCUGGCAAAGAUUUUUUUGCCUAGUUUAUACUUUGUCUGUCAAAAAUGUUUGAAUUUGGCAUUAGUGGUUUAAACAAACCCAUAGUACAGCAAUGAAUACAGAGAUGCUCACCCCCAAAACACCAUUAACUGGAAAAUAUACGAGAGGUUGAGAGUAAGAGGGAUAUAGAUUCUUACAAGGGUUUAAAGCUGCAAGCCAAUCUUAGAUUCUGUCUCUCACAAACACGCACACACACGCACUUGUCUGGUUUAUUUUCUCUGUGGGGACCGUCCAUAGCCGUAAUGUUUUUUAUACUGUACAAACUAUUCUAUCCCCUACCCCUAAACCUAAACCUAAAGAUCAUAGAAAACAUUUUGCAUUUUUAGAUUUAAAAAAAAUAUUGUUCUGUACAAUUUAUAAGCUUUUGUGCCCAUGAGGACCUCAAUUUUGGUCCCCACGGUGACACGAGUCCCCAUGUGUUGGUGUGUAUUCAGGUUUAGGUCCCCACCGGGAUAUACAAACAUGAACGCAGUCACACACACGCACGCACACGCACACACACGCACACACACUGCCUCCCUCCCUCCUGCUGUCUCUCUCAUCCUUUCACAUCCUCCCCUCUUACUCUCCCUCCCUCUCCCUCUCUCUCUCUCUCUCUCUCGUCACGUGUGCAUCUCUGUGAAUCGCAGGAACGUCUUUGUGCAUUUCUUUUUGUGUGAGACAGAGAGGCUCGGCGCUGCUCUCUUCCAAGGGCUCCUCACACACUCUCUCUCUAUCUCUCUCUCUCUCUCUCUCUCUCCCCUACACAGGCGAUCAGUCUGCUCGCAUCCACACACACAGGCUUCCUGUGCAGCCAGACAGGAGGGCUUCCGCCAUCCCAGACGCUGUCUGCUGCUCAGCCGAGCGUCGCCGCCUCCGUCUGGGAAGAGGGAUUUUAUCCAGGGUCCUUCAGCAUGCGCCCACCAAGCCAGGCAUCAUCCCAAGGUUGAGCAGAGCGCGACCGCUGCAUCGGGACGUAGGGAGGAAUGGAUCGCGGGGAACGGGAGGGCAGGACGUGGAGCUGAGGUUCCGUCGUCCGGAGGCUUCUCCGCACGCGUUCUAUUUUCAGAGGAUGCUGUCUGCUUCACGGCAGGACGUUUAAGAGUUUCCUUGACGCUUCUGCGGCUCCAACGCUGUAGUGGAUGGAAUGUGCAUGCUGUAGGAGAGGGUUGGCAUUCAGAGACAUGAAGCCCUUGAACCUGCGGAUGUGCAGUGAUUUUUGCUUGGCACAGCUGCAUCUGAGGUCACCUCUUCUCUAGACCCUCUCACACCUCAGGGUUGACUUUCAGAACUCUAAAGUGUUUGCGUGCUUCCGUUUCAGCACCACUGGAGUUAACUGGCAAACUGGUCUAGUUUUGCGUCGCAGCAUCCGGGGUGCACAGCUGCAGAAAUAUUGCCCUCCAUGGUUUCUGCCCGUUUCAGAAAGCUGUCGUCUUACAUCGUAAAGAUUUGCAAAGGAAUGUUUACAAAGAAACUGGCAAAUACCACGAAGAAGAAAGAGAGCCGCGAAAACAAAAAAGAACCUAAAACGUCCCCUGUGCUGCACGCACGGAACCCAACGUUGUCAACCACGUUGAAAAGCACAGUCAAAAAGAUCUCCAAAUGUUCGUCGGCACGCAAUUUGUCUCUUGAGGAGGACGAUGGAAAAAACGACUGUUCCUCUCUCUCGCCGACAUUUAGUUACCGUGUAGCAAUUUCAAACGGACUGCCAAAAAAUGCCCUGUUUCUGAACAAUAAUGAAAUUCAUGAAAUCUUGUCGAUUGAUAGCAAUUACUCUGACUCUCUAAAUGAGGUAAAACUUGUCCAUAGAUUCGAUGAACAAAAAGCUUAUACAAUGCCCGUAAGAAGGAACAGGAAGAGUUUGAUUAGUUUGGCGCCCUCUGAUGGCAGCUCAGAGGGGGAGCGGGGAGAGCGUAGCAGUCUCCACACCCUUCGACUGGGCGCUCUGAAAAAGCUGAGGAAAUGGAAGAAGAGCCAAGAAUGUGUGUCUUCAGAUUCAGAAGCUAGCACCUGGAGAAAGACCCUUGGCAUCAGAAGCAAAUCUCUGGACCGGGCUGGGCGGCACCACAAAACCACUACCCUAGAGCCAGGAUCAAGCUCUACGGGGUGUAUCAAUCAGACUCAGGAUGUGAUGGAAAUGAUCUUUAAAGAACUUCAGGGAAUCAGUCAGAUCGAGUCUGAGCUCUCAGAACUGCGAGGACACGUCAACGCUCUCAAAAGCUCCAUCGACGAGAUUUCCAGCAGCGUCGAGGUGGUGCAGAGUGAAAUCGAGCAGCUGCGCUCGGGAUUUGUUCAGUCUAGACGUGAGACUCGAGACAUCCACGACUACAUCAGACAGAUUAGCCAACAGACCAACAAAGCUACUCUGAAAUUCCUAAACGUGCCUGAGGAGAAGUGUGAAAAGACUGAAGAGCUUAUUUUUCAGAUUCUGAAAGAAAAAAUGGGUUUCGCUGAUGCACGCAAAACAUUUAAAAUUGAACUCGCCCAUCGACUGGGGCAACAAAGAGAAUGUUACAAUGCUAAACCUCGCCCAAUUAUAGUUAUUUUUUCAAGCCCCCAAGACAGGGAUUUAGUUUUGAAAAAGUGUUAUAAACUAAAAGGGACAGGCAUAUCGAUCUCCACUGACAGUCUGGCACAUGACUCGAGAGAAAGGAAAGAUAAGGCGAUCGCCUCUUCUCAGACAUACGAAAGUAUGGACAUCAAGAUUUCAGCCAAAGACAAGGCUGAAAGUGAUGACUGGGACUCCAUGGAAAGUGACAAAGAGCUAGAUGAAUUAAAUAAGAACAAAUAUGCAAUUGUGUCCAAACCACCUCCAAAAAGUAAAUCGGACAAGAAAAAGUCUCACGAUCACCGAAGGCUGGCCGAGGACACUCCGUACUCCGUGCACUACGCUGAUAAUCCACCCUACGAUGACACAGACAAGCAAAGCAAGUCCUACUAUUCAGACAUAACAUCUGGGUGGCUUUCUCAGAGCGACUACUCCACUCCCAAACUCAGUCGGUCUGAGUCGGACUGUUCUAAACUUUGCCAGUCAUACUCGGAGGACUUCUCAGAGAGUCAGUACUUCACCAGAGUCAACGGGUGCUCCCUGCUCUCCUCCUCCGAUCAGGAACUUUGGCAACGGAAGCAAGAAGACAUGGCAUCGUCCUGGUAUGCUAGCCCUCCCAGUCAAACCCAAGAACGACCGUAUGUGGAACAUAAUGAAGUUGAAACCACCGAGACUAUCGACAGCGGUGUGAGUAAUGGUCUGGUUUGUAUAUCAGGGGACAGGAGCCAUUACAGUGGCUCUCAACUCUCUCUGCAGGGUGACCUCUCACCUUGGAAAGAUUGGCAUCACCUUGAGCAAGGUGCUGAUUCAGGUUUGGAUGCUUCUACUGAACAGAACAUAAUCUCUGAGAUCAGCAGCCCUUUUGACCCUGCAGCCAACCCUGGUUUUCCUGAGAAAAUUACUAAAUGCCUUGAGGUUGAUUUGCAAUUUGAAGGUGAGACCUUUUUUACUCUUGAUAGCACUCCUGAGACGGGUCAAGACCAAGAUAUAGACGUAGAACAUGAGCUUGCUCUAGAACCUGAGCUAGAGUUAGAAGCAGAGCUAGAGCCAGAACCAGAUCUAGGACCUGAACCUGAAGAAAUCGCACAGUCUGAACCUGAGCCAGAACCAGAGGUUAUCGUCGAACCCAUAGCAAAACUAGUACCCGUAACUGUGGCUGAACCACAACCCGAAAAGAAGCCAAAAACUAAGAAAAUCACAGCCAAACCUGAAUCCGCCCCACAAACACUAAAACGACAAGAGGUCAAUGUUAACCACCUCCAGCAGAACCAGAAAUCCUCAUCCAUGUACCGUAGCCAGAGUGAGAUCGGAAAUGAGAAAGUGGAGGAGGUCCCUAAAUCCUGGAGCAGCAGGCUUAGCAUAGACCUCAAUGAAAAAACCUUCAGCUUUGGAGGAUUUGGAUCCACCCUGCAGAGAGCUAAAUCAGCUUUAGAUUUCGUGUGGAACAAAGGUCCCCAAAGCACCAGUGCCCCGGCCGAAGAACCAAGCAACACUUCCUUCAUGGGCAGGUUCAGAACGGUGUCCCAGUCUACAGCCAACAGCUCAAGCACAACCAUUGACUCUGACGUCUACACAGAACCCUUCUAUUACAAGGCUGGGGAUGAAGAUCAGGCUUCUGAGCAACCCGUGGACAGUGAGACUCAUUACGUGGAGGUGAUGGAGCAGGUUCUAGCUAAUCUGGAGAACAGAACCAACGCCAACGAGGCUGAGGAGCAGUGUCAAGAAGAAGAGUAUGAUGUCUCGCAGGAAUAUGACAUCUCCCAAGAAGGUAACCCUGUGCUGGAAUACGACUGUAGCCUCGAUGAGGAAUACAGUGAGGAGUAUGAGGACAAUCCGUUGACUGAGGAUACAGCCGAGUAUGAAGUGAGUAUGGCGGAGUAUGUUGAGGAUGCUGAAGAGCAGGAGGCAGAGCCUGAGGAACAAGAGGGGAGUAAAGAGGAGGCGAAGGAAACGACAGAAACAAAGGGAGCUGAUGAGUUGAAGGAGAUGGUCGGACAAGAGGAUGAGAACAAAAAUGUUACAGAGGUUCCAGUGCAGGAAACUCCAGCCAAGAAAAGGAUCCGGCCCACAUUUAAAGAAGCAGCGUUGAGGGCCUACAGAAAACAGAUGGCUGAACUGGAACAGCAGAUCUUGGCAGGAGACAGCAGCGCUCUGGAUACAGAGGGUUGUGCCAAUAUUCUGGAUCCAGCCAAACUGGGCCUGACAGGUGGAGGGGUUGGCAGCAUACUUUACAGCAUUGACAGCAUGCCAGAUUUACGCCGCAAGAGGACCAUGCCUAUUGUCCGAGACCUGGCAGGCAUUGCGUUUGGGCUCGUGAACAGAUCGACUUUAAACAACGAGGAGCUGAAACUGCAUGUGCUCAGAAAGACCAUUCAGGCACUGAUCUACCCGAUCUCCUCCACGACACCCCAUAAUUUCGAGGUGUGGACGGCCACCGCACCCACCUACUGUCAUGAGUGUGAGGGUCUGCUGUGGGGUAUCGCUCGACAGGGCAUGCGCUGCACCGAAUGUGGGGUGAAAUGCCAUGAGAAAUGUCAAGAUCUCCUGAACGCAGACUGUCUGCAGCGAGCGGUGGAGAAGAGCUCUAAACAUGGAGCAGAGGACAAAACCCAAAACAUCAUCAUGGCCAUGAAGGAACGGAUGAAAAUCAGAGAGAAGAACCGACCCGAGGUGUUUGAGCUCAUCCAGGAGAUGUUUCAGCUCUCAAAGGAAGAUUUCACAACCCACCUGAAAACAGCCAAACAAGCCGUGCUGGAGGGAACGUCCAAAUGGUCUGCAAAGAUCACCAUCACAGUUUUAUGUGCGCAAGGUUUACAAGCCAAAGACAAGACGGGCUCCAGCGACCCAUACGUCACAGUGCAAGUGGGGAAGACCAAACGCAGGACCAAAACUGUCUUCGGCAACCUCAACCCUGUCUGGGACGAGAAGUUUUUCUUCGAGUGUCAUAACGCCACAGACCGUAUCAAAGUCCGUGUGUGGGAUGAAGAUGAUGAUAUAAAGUCCAGAGUGAAGCAGCACUUCAAGAAGGAAUCUGAUGAUUUCUUGGGUCAAACCAUCAUCGAGGUGCGCAUGCUGAGCGGAGAAAUGGACGUCUGGUACAAUCUCGAGAAGCGAACAGAUAAGUCGAUGGUGUCUGGGGCGAUCCGACUGAAGAUCAGUGUGGAGAUGAAGGGAGAAGAGAAGGUGGCUCCGCCCCACGGCCAGUACACAUGUUUACACGAGAAUCUCUUUCACUACCUGACGGAGGUAAAGAACGGUGGAGUCGUGAAGAUCCCAGAGGUCAAGGGUGAUGAUGCCUGGAAAGUUUACUUUGACGACGUGUCUCAGGAGAUUGUGGAUGAGUUUGCCAUGCGUUUUGGUGUGGAGUCCAUUUAUCAGGCCAUGACUCAUUUCUCGUGUCUGUCCUCUAAGUACAUGUGUCCCGGCGUCCCGGCGGUGAUGAGUAACCUGCUUGCCAACAUUAAUGCCUAUUUCGCUCACACCACCACGGCGAGCACCAACAUCUCCGCCUCGGACCGAUUCGCUGCAUCCAACUUUGGGAGGGAGAAGUUUGUUAAACUUCUGGAUCAGCUUCAUAACUCUCUGAGGAUUGACCUCUCCAAAUACCGGGAUAACUUCCCUGCUGGAAACCCAGAGAGACUCCAGGACCUCAAAUCCACCGUCGACCUGCUAACAAGCAUCACCUUUUUCAGAAUGAAGGUUCAGGAGCUUCAGAAUCCUCCCAGAGCCAGCAUGGUGGUUAAAGAUUGUGUUAAAGCAUGUCUGGAUUCAACAUACAAGUACAUCUUUGACAACUGCCACGAGCUCUACAACCAACUUCUGGACCAGGCGAGGAAACAGGAUUUGCCGCGGGAGGAACAGGGUCCGUCUAUAAAGAACCUGGACUUCUGGCCCAAACUCAUCACUCUGAUGGUGUCUAUAAUCGAUGAUGACAGAACAGCCUACACACCCAUCAUUAACCAGUUCCCGCAAGAGUUGAAUAUGGGCCGAAUUAGUUCUGAGAUCACGUGGAACCUCUUCGCUUUGGAUAUGAAGUACGCAAUGGAGGAACACGAGAAGCAUUGUCUAUGCAAGAGCACCGAGUACAUGAAUUUACACUUCAAAGUGAAAUGGUUCCACAACGAGUACGUGCGGGAUCUGCCGGCAUUCAAGGGAAUUUCUCCCGAAUAUUCCCUGUGGUUCGAGCCGUUUGUGAUCCAGUGGUUGGACGAAAACGAAGACGUGUCCAUGGAUUUCCUCAACGGAGCCCUGGAGAGAGAUAAAAAAGACGGGUUCCAGCAGAUGUCUGAACACGCUCUCUUCUCCUGCUCGGUGGUGGACGUCUUCACGCAGUUGAAUCAGAGCUUUGAGAUCAUUAAGAAGCUGGAGUGUCCCAAUCCUCAAGCUCUCGCUCACUUCAUGCGCAGGUUUGCGAAGACCAUAAACAAAGUGCUUCUCCAGUAUGCGGCGAUCAUCACAAAAGACUUCAGCAACCAUCUUAGCAAAGAGAAACUGCCUUGUAUCCUCCUGAACAACAUUCAGCAACUGCGAGUUCAGCUGGAGAAGAUGUUUGAAUCCAUGGGAGGAAAGCAGGAGGAAGGUACUGUGGUCUUCUGCAAGCUGGAUGCUGAGGCCAGUGAUCUGCUGAAAGAACUGCAGAAUAAACUCAACACAGUGCUGGAUGACCUCAGCGGGGUCUUAGGCUCCAGUUUUAAGCCUGUCAUCGAGGACUGCGUCAAACAGAUGAACCAGGAGCUGACGCAGAUGAAGGGAAACGCCGGCAACAAGAGUAACGCUGCUAUGGAUGCAGAGACCGUCCUGCGACCCCUCAUGGAUCUGCUGGACAAGAAUUUAAUGUUGUUUGCUAAGAUCUGUGAGAAAACCGUGCUCAAGCGAGUUCUGAAGGAGCUGUGGAAAAUAGUCCUCAACACCAUCGAGCGACAGAUCGUUCUUCCUCCUCUCUCAGACCAGACGCAGGGAGCUCAGAUGAUCUUCAGUGCUGCCAAGGAUCUCGGUCAACUGUCCAAGCUGAAGGAGCAUGUGAUUCGAGAGGAAGCUCGGAGUCUGAGUCCUCGGCAGUGUGCCGCCAUGGAUCUAGUGCUGCCCACCAUCAAGCAAUAUUUCCAUGCGGGUGGAAACGGCCUGAAGAAAACCUUCCUGGAAAAGAGUCCCGAUCUCAAGUCCUUGAAAUACGCCCUGAGCCUUUACACGCAACCCACAGAUGCCUUGAUCAAGAAAUAUAUAUGCACCCAAACCUCUCAAGGUCAGUCAACGUCUGGGUCUGUCGGGGAGGUCGCCAUUCAGGUGGAUCUGAUCUCACAUCCCGGCACAGGAGAGCACAAAGUCAGCGUUAAAGUUGUGGGUGUGAACAACAUAAACUGGCAGACCAACACCAUGUUCCGCCCAUUCGUGGAGAUCAACGCCAUUGGACCCCAUCUGGCUGACAAGAAGCGCAAGUUUAGUACCAAAACCAAGAACAACAACUGGUCUCCAAAAUACAACGAAACAUUCCAGUACGUGCUGAGCAACGAGCACGGCCCGGAGGCCUACGAGCUUCACAUUUCCGUGAAGGAUUACUGCUUCGCCCGGGAGGAUCGCACCAUCGGCAUGACGGUCCUUCAGCUCCGGGAGCUGGCGGAGAAGGGCAGCGUGAACGCCAGCUUUCCGCUGGUCAGGAACGUUCCCAUGGACGAAACCGGCCUGACCAUCAUGAGAAUACUGACGCAAAGGACCAACGACGAAGUGGCCAAAGAGUUCGUGCGUCUGAAAUCAGACACGCGGUCGGCCGAGGAGGUGUCGUGAACGGAACGGUUGUGUUCGUUUUUGUGCAUGUGUGUAAAACAUCUGUUGGAAUGUUCAUUUUAAACUACAAGUACGUACAAAGUGUUUACCUACCGUAUUCUCUCUAUCAAAUAUUAUAUUCUACAGAGUUAUGUUCAAGAGACGUUGAAUACAGUUUUGUAUGACGAUUAGUCUUUUUGAACAGAUAUCGUAUUUGUUCAGAUAAAGUGCCAAACUUGACGAGUUUAAGAAAAACAAUAGUCUGAACACAAAUGCAUAUGAACUAUUGGUGACGUCUUUCUAAAUUUGCUCGAUUCUUUUGUCCAGUGUAUGUCAUAAUCUCUUUAAGCGUGAAGCGGUUUCCUUCCUAUCGUUCGCAUUUAUUUCGUCUUUACGUUUCCCGCACAACAGCACCGGUGGUCUCGUUUCCUUGGUGACGUCUCUCCUCCCAUGUGUUCACGGUGGGCGUCAGGUGGGAUUCUCACCCUAGUUUUGUAUUUUAAGCGGAGACCAUUUUUUUAAAUGCCGAUGACUGCUACGAAUCUCUUCAUAAGUGUUUGUAAUUUUAUAGCCGUUGACAACAACAACAACAACAACAAAAACCACACCUCGUGUGCUGGCGGGGAAGGUGGAACUGUCUUUCCCUUCGAUUUCGUUGGUUUAUUUAUUUGUGUUUCUAUUUUUUUUUACAGGCUGAAUUUUCUGAAUUAUCACUGUGAACAUGGGCUCCGAAAGGCAAAGCUAACGUCACAUUUGCUGAAUCUUUGAUAUCAUCUUUUAUUUUUUUUAAUUCAAAGAAACUGCCAAAGUUCUAUUUGAAAAUGUUCCGAUGAAAGCAAUCCACGAUCUGUAUGAAAAAAUCAGUCUGCUGCAUACUGUACAUGACUUCUGUGUUUUAGUAUUGCCGAAUCAUAUCUGAUUGUCCACGGCCCGGUCUGAGUUUGUUUCGGGGUUUCUGUAAAGUUGUUUUAUCUGGUAAACGAUAAAAGUUAUUCACUGUCAUUUUAAUUAUUUUUGGUUACAGAGGAAAAAGUUUAACAUUUGGUAUUUAUGCAACAUUCCUAUGUAUUGCACUGAUGGCAAACUGUAUGUCAUGUAAAUAUAUUUAGUGAGAAAUUGUAACGAAAGCGUCAUGCAUUUUUCAUUUU